CGGGUGAUGCCUUUAGCCAUAGCCAGUGAUCGUGCUGGGAAGAGCUAGGUAGAGGAGGCUUGCGGCCAUAGCCAGUGAGCGUGGAGUGGAGAGAAACGAGAGAUACGUACUUCGUGGUUGGUUUCAGGGGUCGUUGUUUGUCAGGAACGCAAACGGGUUUUGUGUUCCCCAAGUUCCGCAAGGGUUGGCGGGGGCGGCGGCGGGUACAAGUGCGCAAGGGCAAGAACUACCGGAGUUGAGCCCCGGACUGGUGAGAUAUCUGACCACGGGUUGGCUGGCGGCUGAGGGUGAUAUAAUAGGGAAGAAGAGCUAAGGGGCCUGGUGUUUCCCAGUCGGCGGCGGCCGACAUUGCCGGUGUCGAAGUCGUCGAACGCAGCAGGCGUACAGAUCAGACUGCUGCGUGCCAGCACCUCAAGCAGGGGGGAAACACGAGAUCAUUAGGCAGACGGCUGUAAUUGCGCGCUUGCUCCCUCGCUUGCGCGCUGCUUCUGGUUGUCUUUCCCCUUCUCCGCUCUCUUCUUCGCGUGGUUGCUCGCUUGGUAUCAGUAUCUGGCAUGGGAUGUGUGUGAUUUCACGAGUCUUGUGUGACCGUGGCGAAGGACGCUAAAGGGAGGGAGGCGCACGUGCGCCGGUGAUGCAGGAGAACUGUUCUUUUCCGAUCUCGAGUCGUUAACGGUCGGUCGGGACGGACCGACGGUUGGGAUUGACAGGGAGGGGAGACAAGGAAGCGAUCGAGCGUGUCGGACACGUGGCUUGCCAAGAAGAAGACCAGGGGUUUGGAAUUGCGCGGAAGAAGUAGGGAGUCUCACACGGGAGUUGUGAAGGGCAGGGAGCUUUCGCGGUGUCGUUGUACGGUCACCGACCCAGUUGUACGAUCGAAGGGCAGGGGCUUCGUGUUUGAUUUGGCUGCCUGCUGCCAGCCGCUUCUCUUGCAGCACUCAAAGCCUAAUCGAAGCUUCUUUGGCAAAUCAGUCAAAAUGCCUCUCGGUCAGCGCAGCGGCGAUAACAGCGAGUCAAGAUACUGCGGAACUGAGGUGGCAUACAACGAUGAAAUCGAAAACACGUUGACGGCGAAUCUCACUGGCGGAUUUGACUUCAUUGUCGCUCCUCUGUUGAAUCCAUCGUACAGGCCAAGCAAAGCCAAGGCUCCUCCUGUUGGCGGUCUUCAUGUUCCGCCUUUUGCAGGCUCUGAUCUGAUCCUCUCUCCUUCACAAUGGUCCAGCCAUGUAGUCGGGAAGCUGAGCACAUGGAUCGAUCUCGACUCGGAGAAUGACAUUUUGGCAUCGGAUAGCGAAAUUACUUUGAAGCAAGAGCUCAGCUGGGCAAGUCAUUUGUCUUUACAGGCUUGUCUUUUGCCAACGCCACCUUCAGGAGAGUGUGCAAAUUACGCGAGAUGUGUCAACCAGGCCCUUGAAGGGCUUUCAAGUAUGCAGCUGUGGCUGCGAAUGCCUCUGACUUGCAACGAAGUAGAAGAUGUAGAGUCGACUCAGGAUGAAGAUGCUGCCUGUAAGGUGAAUUCGACGCAAAUUAUCAAGGAGGACUCUUGGGAGUGCUGGAACACGUUCCGUAUGCUGUCUGAGCACCACAGCCAGUUGUCUGUUGCAUUGGACAUCACCAGUGAGUCAUUGCCGUCACCCAAUGCAUUGAAGAGAUGGCUUGGAGAACCAGUCAGGGCGGCAGUCCUUCAUACAAGUGCAUUCUUAACAAACAAACGGGGCUAUCCUUGUCUCUCAAAGCGACACCAAAUGCUUGUCACAUCCUUCUUCAAUCACAACAUCCAGGUUGUUCUGAGCGGCAUGCCCCAACAGCUGGUGGAUGUGAGCGAGGGUUCAUCUGCUAGUGAAGGCAGUGAAAAGGGCAGCGAAGGUAAUGGACAGGUGUCCGUCCACCCGCUCCGUGCUUACGUGGAUUACAUUUCACAUUUGUACAAGAGGAUGCCACCGCUGACCGAGCAGGAGAGAUUUGAGAUGAGCUACCGGGACUUCUUGCAAGCUCCCCUUCAGCCGCUCAUGGACAACCUUGAGGCACAGACUUAUGAGACGUUUGAGAAGGAUAAUGUCAAGUACUCUCAGUACAAAUUGGCGAUUUACAUGGCUCUUCGAGAGCGUGUGAAAGAAGAGGAUGCGGAAACUGCUGUCACGGUGCUUAUGGUAGUUGGUGCAGGACGUGGACCCCUUGUUAGAACAGCAUUGGAGGCAGCUCAAGAGGCAAACUUGAAACUCCGAGUAUAUGCGGUGGAGAAGAAUCCCAAUGCUGUUGUUACCUUGCAUAGUCUAGUUGCGUUGGAAGGCUGGAAGGAUCUUGUGACGAUUGUAUCAUGUGACAUGAGAAGUUGGGAAGCUCCGGAGAAAGCAGAUAUCUUGGUCAGCGAGUUGCUUGGGUCGUUUGGUGACAAUGAACUGUCACCAGAAUGUCUCGAUGGUGCCCAACGAUUCCUGAAGAAGGAUGGCAUAUCAAUACCCUCAGCGUACACGAGCUUUAUUGGACCAAUCACGGCUGCCAAAUUGUACAAUGAUGUAAAGGCACAUAAUGACAUGGCGCAUUUUGAGACGAGCUAUGUUGUGAAGUUGCACAGUGUGGCUAAGCUCUGUCCACCUCAAUCGGUCUUUACGUUUGAGCAUCCGAACUGGUCACCAAAGAUUGACAACAGGAGGUACAAGAAGCUGACUUUUGAGUUCUCGCCGGACAUGGGAUCAGCUGCUGUGCACGGGUUUGGUGGGUACUUCGAUGCGACACUUUACAAGGAUGUUCAUCUUGGAAUAGAACCAGCGACUGCAACUCCUGACAUGUUCAGCUGGUUCCCAAUCUAUUUUCCCUUGCGGGUUCCGUUGUAUGUUCCAGCUGGAUCAACACUUGUGGCACAUUUCUGGCGAUGCGUCAGCUCAACAAAGGUCUGGUACGAGUGGUCGGUCACCUCCCCAGCCAUCUCACCUAUACACAAUCCAAAUGGGCGAUCGUAUUGGGUGGGGCUUUGAAGAGUAGUUUCCCUGAGAGGGAAGGCGAAUAUUUCUUCCGGUGUCGUUAGUUAGUUGGGCGUUAGUUUCUGUGGAGCCAUUGCUGGCGGGUAGUGUCAUGUGCAAAGAGUCGAAACGGGCAAUUGUAACAGGUGGGCCUUUGGAGUGUAGUUGAAGGGGGAUAAUUGUUUCUUCCUGUGUCCUUCGUUCGCUGCAUGCUAGUCUCUCCAUGAUGGAGCUAUUGCUUUGCAGAUUACUCUCAUGUGAGGAGAGAGUUGCCGAAUGCUAGUCUCUCCAUGAUGGAGCUAUUGCUUUGCAGAUUACUCUCAUGUGAGGAGAGAGUUGCCGAUGAUGAUGCCAAGAGCUCUUUUGCAGACAAGCUUACACCUGUUACUCAAGUCGAUGCCAAGAGUGCCCGCCGUCAAAGCAAUACACCACUCUUGCGUGCUUGCUGUAUUUGGUAAAAGCAGCACAUGGAAGUAGAAGCAUAUGGCGGCCAUACACAAGUGUAGUGCAGAAUCUGGUGAAGGCCUGUGGCGCAGGCCUACUAGGUGAGUCUUCUCUCUUCUUGUUAGGUACACCUCAGCAGCCAAAAUGAAGAUGUUAGAUCUGCCUUGUCAUAGGCUUGCGGAUUGGUAAUAGCAUCUGUUCUCUGGUAUUUUAGGACAGUAUAAGCAAUGCUCAUCUCUGUUUGCCAGUGGUGAAGGUUGUGUAGUUUGUGAACGCUGUGGAUUUUCAAUCGAAGGAAGCGGUUUUCAUGUGCCGUUGGAGCAUAAGGAACACAGCACGGUUCCCCUGGUAAUUGGGACACAGCAGUAUACGAGACCUGGCUUUUGGCGGUCGCCGGGCAAUUUGGUAGUUGUUUUCUGAUUAUAUUACCUCUUGGGCGUGCGUGAUAUGGCACCUGGGCAUCGUUCAAGUGCGCGUACGCUGGGUUGCUUCGUCGGGGGCCACCACAUUCUCUUGCAGAACCGGCCUGUCUUAUAGCACAGAGUCUAAAGAGGCAGAUCUUCGAAGAGUUUGUGUUUCGGGAGGUUGUUGUCAUCCUGCUACGAACAGAAGAGAUCCGUAUCCUCCCUCGUCUCCAGAAUCAUGAUCCCGGAAAAAUUGUGCGAACAACGGCUUCGCGUUUUUGUUCUUCUAAAAAUUCCCUGAGCUCUGCAAGCUGAUGAAUAUAGAUAUGUAAGCAUUGAAGUAGCGAGCUGAAAAAUCAGACCAACGUGGAUUGGCGACUGUGAAGUUGAGAGCAAGGCAUAGCGUGUCGUCGCAUCUGUGGCAAUCCUUGUGCUGUGCUGCGAAAAAAGUUCGUACUGUGGGAGGAGGUCUACAAACGCCAAGUUUUGCGGUGUAAUCUUGCCAGGUAAGGGAUAUUUCGGGAUGGGGAUUCUGGACACAAUUGUUGUUCGAGUAGUAUUUUAGUUUCAUAGUCUUGACUUCGAGAGUAGAGAUUUUCAAAUGUUGCCUAGUUGACGUUAUUGUCACUUCCCUCGCUGCCGCGGCCGUCUUGUUUUUUUCUGGAUUUGAAUCCUGAGGCUGUCUACGCGGACAGAAUGCAGUGUCGAGUCAGCGCUGACAAGCUCUUCUCUUGUGAUUGAGCUGCUCCUGUUUUGUCCAGUGCUAAGAUCACCUCUCUCUCCCUUGAGACUUCCUCUGCUGAUGGCAACUUAACGCAAGUGAAGGCCUCUGAAGACGGUAAGGCUAAGCUACUCUUCAUUCUGCCAAGCCGGUGUAGAGGGCUUUUUUUUUUUCUUUUCUUUUCCUUCCGAGGAAUUCCUCAUGCAAUGAAAAAACUGCACAACUUUUCUUCCACUUCUAAUGUCAAUGAGAGGGCUUCUUCUGUUGUCUUAGCAGCUCACACAAAAAUCACAAGCGGUGUUAUCUGUGAAAAUACAGCUACCCGUUCUUGCCUAUGUGUUCUUCUCCCCGGUGCCGUGUAAACGGUCCUCUUCCUGCUUUGGGUGGUUUCCUGUAUACUUCUGCAUAGUUUGCUGAUCUUUGAAGUUUGACAUUUCAGAAA